CAGGAAACAAACAGCAGAAGAAGAAUUCCUUGUCCUCUGGACCCCAAACACACAGUGUAUGAGGACCAGCUGGAAAAACACAUUAAGAAAUGCAAUUCCAGGGAGAAGCCCCAACCGGUCUUUUAUGUGCAAAAUGUCAAUUCAGGUCCUGAGAAUAUAGGCAUCUGCAAGGAACAGGUAAGCCUCAGUUCCCUAUCCAAAGAAGACCUGCAGAAACUUACAGAAACAUUAUUAAGGGUAACCAGUGGUCUGGAUCCACCACUGCCAGACAGGAAAUUAUGUCACUCUGCCUUACAAGAAGCAUUGAAUGACCCAACAAAUGGAGACACCGCAUUCAAGCAUCUCAAACAACAGGCUUCUAUUUUGGGUCAUUUGGAUCGGUUGGGUUUGUUGGGUACAUCCCACUGCUUUGUAGAGUUUGGAGCAGGCCGAGGGAAGUUAUCCCACUGGGUAAACAUUGCCAUAGAAAAUACUGAUAAUGUCCACUUUCUACUGGUAGAGAGAGCCACCACUAGGUUUAAGGUGGAUGGGAAGCAGAAAAAGUCCACUUUUGAGAGACUACAUAUUGACAUCCAGCACCUUUCUUUAGGUCGAGUCCUCAGCCUUGUUCAGAAACGGCUGCCAGUUAUUGGAAUUGGAAAACAUCUCUGUGGAGCUGGCACAGAUUUGGCUCUACGCUGUCUUGUGCAAAAUUACUCGAAUCGAGUGAAGGAACCUCAGUGUAAUCGCCUCAAGAUAGAAACUGGAGAUCCUACAGACAACGCAGAAGGCAAAUCAACAAACACUUGUCCUGUUGAAGGGAUUGUUAUUGCUCUUUGUUGUCACCACCGUUGUGACUGGCACCACUAUGUAGGCAGAGAUUUCUUCCUAAAGCUGGGACUGGGACAGAGGGAAUUUGAAGUUUUUCAGCGCAUGUCAAGCUGGGCAACCUGUGGUUCCAGGAAACCAGGGCAGGUUUUAAAUGAGAAAAGAGAACUUGAAGAGACAGAAGAGCAUGACAUAGAUCUGAAAAACACAGACUGCAGUUCAGAGGGAGAACAAGGGCUGGCUUUGACUGUUGAAGAGAGAGAG